UUUGGGUGUGUGUGCUUGCCUGUGUGUAGGUGUUCUGCGUGAAGUGAAGGUCUAAAAUGGAAUCGUUAUGGUGAGCUGUUCAGAGUGAGUUUGUUCAGUAAGAAAUAAGGCUAAUUUACCCCUUUUAAAGAGGCAUGUGCCCAGCAUCAGCCUUUGGCUCUGUAGAAGAAGAAUGGAUCUUAGUGUAAUAUUUAUUGCAGUCCUAACCCUAACCCACUAAUCCCAGGCCUCACUCUAACCCAAUAAUCCCAGUCCUAACUCAAACCCACUAAUCCUAGUCCUCACCCAAACCCACUAAUCCCAGGCCUAACCCACUAAUCCCAGUCCUAACCCAGACCCACUAAUCCCAGUCCUAACCCAAACCCACUAUUCCCAGGCCUAACCCCAACCCACUAAUCCUAGUCCUAACUCAAACCCACUAAUCCCAGUCCUCACCCAAAUCCACUAAUCCCAGUCCUAACCCGAACCCACUAAUGCCAGGCCUAACCCAAACCCACUAAUGCCAGGCCUAACCCAAACCCACUAAUCCCAGGCCUAACCCAAACCCACUAAUCCCAAUCCUAACUCAAACCAACUAAUCCCAGUCCUAACUCAAACCAACUAAUCCUAGUCCUCACCCAAACCCACUAAUCCCAAUCCUAAUGUGGUGGGAAGUCAUCCACGCAGAGAUAUCAGCCAAGCAGGCAGAGAUCUGUGUGGUGACCUGGGUAUCGGGGGUGAAGGAAAUAAAGAGUCAUCGGCGUAAAAGUGGUAGGAAAAGCCAUGGGAAAAGAUACUACUAACAUAAGACCUAAAAGUUACUGGAAAUGAUAGAUUUGAUCCAAGAGGCCUCUCAUAUUUUUCAUGUAGCUCCCACAAAUAGGUGUCACCUUAACAUCAUCACAAACAAUGGAAUUGCUGAGACGGGUGCGUGGGGGGUUGGACCCAAAAUACAUGACUCAGGACAGAGAUGUAAUAGUCCCGUUAGGGCUUUAUUCAGGGAAUGUCCAGGGAGCGUACUCGAAAAACAAGCAAAGUUCAUACACGUGAAAUCCAGCCAAAACCAAAGUACAGGACUGAGGGAGAAGGCAGUCUGGUAAUCGGUACACCAUGCAAAAAGUCCAGUAGACAACAUAAAUCGUGACAUAACAAGUUUGCGAAACUGUGACAUGAAUAAAUUAUUUAACGUGACAUGGAAGACAAAGAAAUAAAUUGUAACAAGAACUAAACAUGAAAACAUGAACCAUAACAUGACAUGAAAAUGAAACAUAACAGGAAAUAAAACAUAGAAAAACGUGGUGAGACUAGACUAACAUAAUAUGUGACAUGACAAUAAAAUAACUAAGACAAUGACUAAACAUGAAAUAUGACGUGACAAGCAUGAAACGUGACAAUUACCCAUAUAUUUUGAAAGGUCUGGCCUUGAGUAUGAAAGUUUUCUUUGAGAUUACAGUAAAUUCAUAACUUUACCAUAAUUAUCUGUCAAGAGAAACUUUGAAUUAAUCUUUCAGUACAUGGCCCCAAAGAUUGGUCUAGGCCACAUGUAACGACAGUCACAAAAAACAUCAAUUUAUUUUAUUGCAGAGCCUUCCAUCAUGCAGUGAUGAGCAGAUUCAUUUUUCACACUGGUAACUAUCAUCAGGACAGAUACAAGUACUCCAUACAUGACCCAUGAGGGUGCAGGUCUUACAAUGGCAAAGUUUAUAAUACAACAAAAUUAACAAAAACUAGAAAUAUUAAUUUCCCAUCAUUUCAAGAGCACUGCAAACAGUUCUCAUUUCUGUUUGCCAGCUUUCCACCACAGGACAUUUCACCUGAAAGAGAAUAACUUCGUAAUCUUCUACAACCGCAUCGAGGACAGAAUAAAGUAGUGAUGCAGAACUUGGGUAUAAAACCAUGACUACAAUGGAAUCUUCAAAACAAAGAAAGUAUGACCUUUAUCUGGAACCAGAGUUAAAAAAUGCAGGAGUUUUUACUUUCAUUCAAACUAAACCAGAGAAAGUGCACUUGGCAGAGAUUGAAGUGUUUGCUAUAGAAGUGAAACCAUCACACUGGCACACAGAACGUGAAGGAUCUGAUGUGAACAAGAGCUGUGAGGUAUCCCACCUUCCAGAUUCAGCUACACUGGCCUGGGAACGGGACAGAGAACCCACUGCUAACACAACGCUGAUCUACAACAACACUGCCCACAUCAUCAUCCACAGUGUUGACCAACACAGUGAGGGAACCUAUGACUGUACACUCCGACGGAACGGAGCGCUUAUUUUCAGAGUUCCCAAACUUGAACUUAAAGUCACCAAGGGAACAUUUGUAACACACCGCACUCUGUACAGAGGGAGUAUGAACAGCAGUGAGGCGGUGCUAAUCUGCCAUUCUCUGAUCUCAUACACAAACGCCUCCUGGUCUUGGGCGCCAGUGUCUGAGACACAAGCAAUCCUUGUGGCCUCAGCUGGUAAAUGCAAGAAUGCUGCAAUUUCCAUGGAGAUGGAUAAAGAGAGAGUCUCAUCUGAUAUCUAUGAUGGGUCUAAGUUUCCUCUGAAAAUCUCAGUGAAGUUUGGAGACAGCGGAAUGUACACCUGCAUUUAUGAAAGAGACAGGAUGGCUGAAAAAAAUCUGGUACCUAUUCAGGGAAAACAGGAAGCAACAGAAGUGUUUAUCCAAAGCCAGUCUCAGCAGAGCCCCCUGGUGGUCUGUCCAGGAAUCAGCCAGUUAGAACAGGUCCCCCUGCACCCCACACUGCCCAUCAAGCAAGGGUGGAGCACUGAGACAGUGGUCAGGGUGGUGAUUGUAGCGCUGGCCACCCUGGGGAUGCUAUUGGUUCUGAGGUGGUACUGGUCCUGGACGAGACUCCAAGUGAACCUGAGUCAGCCCAGCCUGAGGAGUGACCAGAGCAGCAAAGCCCUGCAGGACCAAUGCAAUGGGAUCGGUACACCACGGGAGUGGAACGACCCGUGCGCCGACGCCAAGAGCUAG